GUGUGAAGCAAAUUGAAAUAUUCAUCCAACAGGAGGGCCGAGGCAUAGCCUUAUUCAGUGCUUAGCCUCCUAUAAAGACAGUCGAGGGUCUAUAAGAUAAUUGGUUCGCAUUCGAUCCCUUCUUGUAAAACAGUUUAUACACCCAUUCGCAAUGGUCACAAGCGCACAGCCGCACACACUAAGAAUCAAGGAUAAGGAUGUGGUCUAUGACGUGCACUCGGAUGGGAAGGACGUUAUCCAUGCGGCAUGGGAGGGUGUUUCCCCAGCCACGCAACUGGCGCGUAUCAACCUGAUCACACAGGGUUUGUCGUUUGCCCGGUCAAGUAACUUUCGAACGGAGAAAAAUAAGAAUUGGUCGUCAAGGUUGACUGUGGCUGAUGCAUGGGGUACCGCCCGUUAUCAGCAGCAGGAGGCUGAUGAUGGCCCGGUGGCAGGGCAGUGUGCUCUCCAGGGAGCGGCCUCGCUUUUGUGAGGUUCAGAUGCCAAGAGGCAUGCCUUCGGCAUGGCUGGCGGCUGGUGAAGUUUGCGACGAGAGUGAGGCGCGGGUAGGGUGCGUGAAGAGCGUGUAGAGCGAGUGCAGGCUGGCAACGGAUCAAAGGGCGCGGCAGGCGUACCUCUGUUCGGUGGCCUAACCCCUGCGUUGGGCGCGGUAGCCAGGAGGUAAGGUCUAGGGCUUUUGUCCUGGCCGCAGGUCUCAGAUUUUUGAGAACAUCAAAAUGUGUCACUGUAAAACACAGUGAACAUUUUGAGACCAGUGCUAGUAGACCAUGGUCUUACUAAUCAAAGAAAUAUUGUCUAGCUGGCAUUAGGC